GGGUGAGAGGAGCAGGAUCGGUGCCUCCGCCUCCCGGCUGCCGCAAGCUUCCUCUCUCGCAAUACAUUCGUGCAGACGGGGACGGCGCCGGCUCCCGGGUCUCAGCCUCGCCGGUGGUGCUGGGGGGGGGGGGUGAUGAAGGGAGGGGUGAUGGUGCUGGGGGGGUUCCCGCUUCCUAUCGCCGCAGCAGCAGCAGCAGCAUCCAAAAGGCAACCGGGUCAAACUUUGCAGAAACUCGCUCCUCGCCUUUCCGUGCCCCCCGGGCGCUGCCGUCGGUUCUCCGGGCAGGGACCCCCCAUGACAGCGGCUCCGGCCAGCCCGGCGGCGGGGCUCAGCCCCCCAAGUCCCUGCCUCCCUGCCCUCCCUCCUCCGCCCAGUCCCAUCCCUCCCCCUGUAUUUCGCUUUUAAACUGCAGCUGUUGAAGCUAAACCUCCUUUGCAAAACCAGCAUUUCCUCCCGCAGGUCCGUGAAUUGUGGGUCAAGAGUGGUGUUGCUGGAACCAUCAGGCAGCUGAGGAUCCAAAAUUCAAGAGGUGAACACCACGCACCCUUCCUACUACUGCUCCCCCUGGAUCAUGUCCUGCCCUGUGCCUCCAGGUCCAUCCAGAUGUUCUCCAGGUUUACAGGAAGACAGGAUCUCACCUUUAACCAUCUGAGCAGCAGCAGGGGAUUUCCAGUCCAUUUGUACAUGAAUAAUCCUAUUUCUUGAGUGUGUGGGUGGUGUGGAGCCACGACAGCCCAAGGAAGAGCAGGUUGCAUUGGAGACUGCAAUGCCAGCAUCCCAGGCACGGUCCAGGGCAAGAGACAGGAACAAUGUCCUCAACAGGGCCGAGUUCCUCUCCCUCAAUCAGCCCUUGAAAGGGAACCAGGAGAGCAGGAGCUCUGGCAGAAAGCAGAGUGGCCAAGCCGGGGUGCCUGGUGCCCAGAACAACAACCCCAAGGAGCGGAGGCAGUCGCAGCAGCUGCCCGAAGAGGACUGCAUGCAGCUCAACCCUUCCUUCAAGGGAAUUGCCUUCAACUCCUUGCUGGCCAUCGAUAUCUGCAUGUCCAAGAGGUUGGGAGUCUGUGCCAACAGUGCUUCCUCCUGGGGUGGUGCCCGCUCCAUGAUCAACCUCCUAGGGAUAACGGGGCACGGGAUCCCCUGGAUUGCGGGGACCCUCAUCUGCCUGGUGAAGAGCAGCACGCUGGCAGGCCAGGAGGUCCUCAUGAACCUGCUGCUAGCCCUGCUGCUGGACAUCAUGAGUGUGGCUGGUUUGCAGAAGCUGGCCAAGAGGAAAGGUCCAUAUGACAUCAACCCUGGCUUGUUGGACUACCUGACCAUGGACACCUAUGCCUUCCCAGCCGGGCAUGCCAGCCGAGCAGCCAUGCUCUCCAAGUUCUUCCUCAACCACCUGGUCUUGGCCAUCCCUCUCCGGAUCCUGCUGGUCCUCUGGGCCCUCUGCGUGGGCUUUUCCCGUGUGAUGAUUGGGAGGCACCACAUCACAGAUGUCCUGUCUGGCUUUGUUUUUGGCUACUUACAGUUCAGGCUGGUUGAGUUGAUAUGGAUGUCUUCUAACACGUGUCAGAUGUUGAUAUCCAUCUGGUGAACAUGGGGGACUUGGUGCUUUUCCACUGGAAAGUAGCAGAUACUUAAGAGUCUCCCUCCUAGUGUUUUCUACCUGUUGUUUGUUGGAAGCAGUUGUAACUUCCAUGAGUAGAGGCAUUUUUGAAUGUUGCUUCCCCACCUGAAAAAAAAAAAAAAAAAAAGAAAUUUUUUGCAAUGGAUUGGGUUUUAGCAAGCAAGGGCCAUACCCUUGUCUUGGCCAUAUUCACAAACUGUGUCUGGACAGCAACCUAAUUUGGCUUUACAGUGAGAGGAAUGAGCUACACGUGUCUUAGGCUGGGUGGUUCACAGCAGCACCUUGAGAUGUCCUCAGGAUGGGCAGUGCCUGAGAGCAUCCUGACAACACAGCCCUUAACUUUUUUGUGGCUAAAGGAUUUUGGCCAUAGUGCUUUUUUCUUUUUGUAAGCCCAGCUGUUGUGUCUUGUACCGAGUCAAGACACUGCUGGCACUCCACAGAUAAUAAAUAACCAUGAAAAUCC